CGGUUACCGGGGCAACUGCACAACAAUAACAAGGAGACUUGGAGUGAGGUAGGAGGAGAAAGAAAGCGAAAAAGGAAAGAAUGAAUACGGUUGCUUGGUUACUGAACACCUCAAGACACUGAAAGAAGAGUGAGAGAAGGUUAAAGAGUUAGCAAACUAAUGAAGUAUAAUUUUUCUUUAAAGAAACAAGAUUAGGUGAUCAUCAUGGCUGAAGCUGUUAAGGUCAUAAUAAGGUGUCGUCCAUUAAACGAGAGAGAGACACGCCUCCAGUGUGAAGUUGUGGUCACUAUGGAUACCAAGAUCGGACAGGUCCAGUUGAAAAAGCCGCAGUCGGAUCAGAAAGUGACUCCUCACAAAGCAUUCACCUUUGAUGGAGUGUAUUAUACCGGUGACACUACACAAACCAUAUAUGAUGACAUCUGCUUUCCACUUGUAUCUGGUGUUUUAGAAGGUUACAAUGGUACAGUAUUUGCGUACGGGCAGACAGGCUGUGGUAAAUCCUACACAAUGGUAGGCGUUGAAGAACCACAGGAUCAAGUUGGCAUCAUACCGAGAGCAUUCGAUCACAUAUUUGAUCACAUUGCUGUCUCCAGCGGAACAAAGUUCUUAGUUCACGCCUCUUACCUCGAGAUAUAUAAUGAAGAGGUACGGGAUCUCCUGGGACGUGAUGUCAAAAAGAAACUGGAUCUAAAGGAGCAUCCAGACAAGGGAGUCUAUGUCUCUGGAUUGACUCAGCAUCGAGUACAUAACAGGAAGGAACUGGAAUCAGUGAUGGCUACUGGGUCAAAGAACCGCUCAAUGGGUGCCACGCUAAUGAAUGUUGAUUCCUCUCGAUCACACUGUAUCUUUACCAUCGAUAUUGAGAUGAUGUCAGACGAAGGAGGAGAUGAUAAAUUAGUUAGUGGUAAACUUAAUCUUGUCGAUCUUGCCGGCUCUGAGAGACAGUCAAAGACAGGAGCUACGGGCGAAAGACUAAAAGAAGCGACAAAGAUCAACCUCUCACUCUCGGCUCUUGGCAAUGUAAUAUCGGCUCUUGUGGACGGUAAAUCAAAGCACAUACCAUACAGGGACUCCAAACUGACCCGGUUGCUACAGUCGUCCCUUGGAGGGAAUACAAAAACCUUGAUGGUAGCCUGUGUAUCUCCGGCCGAUAAUAAUUACGAUGAGACCCUGAGUACUCUUAGGUAUGCUAAUCGUGCAAAAAAUAUUAAAAAUAAACCGAAAAUUAACGAAGACCCAAAGGAUGCUUUAUUGAGAGAGUAUCAGGAAGAGAUCAAGAAACUGAAACUGAUGUUACUAGGACAAGCAGAUAUACCUGAUAAAUAUAAAGUAAUGGAUGGCAGUAACUAUGAUUUGACCAGUGGCAGUAACAGUGGUAGAGACUAUGAAGCAGAGAUGGCAGAAAUGAGAGAAGAGUACGAGAGACAAAUAGCACAACUUAGAUCACAAUAUGGAGAAGAACAUGCUAACAGAAGCAAACUAGAGGAAGAAAUGCUAGCACUGAAGCAAUCCUUUGAAGCACAAAUGGCUAAAACGGCAAAAGAGGCUGCUGCUGUAAAUUCUCCAUCUCAUGUUGUGGCCAGUGGAGCUAGUGGCGUUGUCCUCUCUGAUGAUCAAAAGAUCCUUCAGGAACAUGAAGCUGCCGUUCAAAGACUCCAAGAAGGACUCAUUGGAGGAGAGAAAGCUGAUGAUCCAACUCUCAAGGCAGAGCUAGACACUAGAAAGAAGCAUGCUGAAGAUAAACUGAGCCAAUUGAGAAAUGCUAAUUCUCACCUUGAGGAUGAUGAUAACAUUUUGGAAAAAAUAUUUAACAAUUUAACAGAUGAAGUCCGUGUAAAGACAAGAGCAUUGGAAAGAAGUCAAGAGAAGCUCAAGUCGGCUCAGGACGACAUUGAUGACCUUCAAACUGAAUUUGAGGAAGAGAGACAAUCGAUGCUAGACACAAUAAGAGGACAAGAGAGACAGCUCCUACUUCACAAACAAAUACUUGAUAAAAUGGUUCCACUGAUACACAGAGACUGUAACUACUACAACAUUGACAAGAUAAAAGUUGAUGCUCAUUUCGAUGAGGAUUCGCAGGAAUGGAUACUACCUAAAGUUGUACGAACCUCCACUAGCCUGGUUGCACCCUCCAAGGGUUCACAAAACCUUUCUGACCACUCACCAUCUCAUGGGAAAAUGAGGAAAUCUAUGGAAGACCGUUCGUCAAGUCCUACUCCAUCCUCGAAGAGAUCCGAUGACCAACUGACCAAGAUACUGUCAAAGCCUGACAACACUGACUAUUUUAAACCAAAAAGGGCUCAAGAACUUCUUGCAGAAUGUUCCGCCAUUAAAGGAGUUUCUCCGGAGCGCUCUAGGAAGAACCUACAUGGCACCACAAGUCUAGGUUCUAUCAAUAAGUCUCCUAUUCACAAUGCUAGUGGUGGGGCUACUAGUGGGGGAAUGGUUGGAGGUAGUGGUAUUUUUAGUGUUGAGAGUCAAUUGUUGCCACUUUCAGAUAGCAAAGGAAAACCCAGGAAACUUAAUUCAAUUCCAUUACUACAAGAUGUGCCAGCUCCUCCAGAAGUUGAUGCUUCCACAAUAGAUCAAAUGGACAGAAUGAUUGCUGAAAGAAACUCCAAAAAAAUGCACAACAGACGACUUGAUCCACUCCCUGAACACGGGAGGAAACAAUUCUGAUGUGUUUUUGUACCGUAUAUUAGUGUAUACUUAUCUCUCUCUCUCUCUUCUUUUGUCUCUUAUUUUUGAUAAUAAAACAUUAUAUUAUUAAUGCUAA